AUGCGAACAUGCCAGUCCUUUAUCCGAACUGGCAUCACCAGUCCUCGCAACUCAAAGUUCCAGCACUGCAGUUUAGCCUUGGCUGAGUUAUAUGAGGAUGAAGCUAAAAGGCACUCGUCGUGUCCUGACAAACCAACAACCACAAAGAUCAAUAACUCGAGAGCACCUCGGAGUCUUAAAAUUGAUUCUUUUAGAAGCUUGAGAAAACCAGAAAGAAGCAUGAGUGAUGACAAAGAAAACCAAAGAUUUUAUUCAGGUGACUCAGAAUAUAGAGGAUUACAGAUUUCUGGGGCUUCUAAUAAUCCAAGUAAAAUUGUUGCUGAACUCUUCAAGGAAGCAAAAGAACAUGGGGCUGUCCCAUUAGAUGAAGCCUCAAGAGCAUCUGGUGAUUACAAUAAAGCUAAGUCAUUUUCUGGUGGUGGAUACAGAUUGGGUGACUCCUCACGGAAACGCUCUGAAUACAUCUAUGGAGAAAAUCAAGAUGUUCAAAUUCUACUGAAACUGUGGAGGAAUGGCUUCAGUCUGGAUGAUGGAGAGCUGAGAUCCUACUCAGACCCAACAAAUGCUCAAUUUCUUGAAUCUGUUAAAAGAGGAGAAAUUCCUGUGGAACUUCAGCGACUAGUUCAUGGUGCCCAGGUUAAUUUGGAUAUGGAAGAUCAUCAAGAACAAGAAUACGUAAAGCCUAGACUGCGAUUCAAAGCUUUCAGUGGAGAAGGACAAAAACUUGGAAGCCUUACCCCUGAAAUAGUCAGCACACCUUCUUCACCAGAAGAGGAGGAGAAAUCCAUUCUUAACGCACCUAUUCUGAUAGAUGAUUCCAAGCCAGCAACGAAAGUUCAAGUUAGAUUAGCAGAUGGAAGCCGCUUAAUACAAAGAUUUAACCACACACACAGGGUUAAGGAUAUUCGAGAUUUCAUUAUCCAGUCCCGUCCAGCAUUUGCCACAACGGAUUUUGUUCUUGUGACUACUUUUCCAAAUAAAGAGCUAACAGAUGAAACCUUGACCCUACAAGAAGCAGAUAUACUUAACACUGUGAUUCUUCAGCAAUUAAAGUAAUCUUACAGCUAUUGGUACAAUAGGGAGUGUGCUGUAUUGUCCUACAAGGGUGUUUACAAAAACUGAAAAAUGGGAAAGAUUAAUGUCCCUGUUCCCCCUUCACCACUGCCAUAGGUCAGAUUUUUGAUUUUAAGGUCUUCCAGCUAUAGCAUCUGUAACUUUAUUUCAGUUUCUGAAGUUGUUCAUUUUUUAUCCAUGUUAAAAUUAAGCUCCCCUAUACCAGCAAAUUUCAAACUGCAUCUUGUACUACAUGUGAAUGGGAGAUUGCUUUCUUACUCUUCAGUUAUUUUGGGCAGGGAAGAGGUGAGCAUUUUUCUAAAGGGAACAGUAUUUCUCACUCAAGUGGUAAGAUUUGCACUAUAGAAAUGAUUUAUGCUGCAUUGACAAACAGCCAUUUGAAAACUUAGCCUGUAGGUUAUGUUUACCUUCUAAAUUGUAUUAAUAUUAAAGUAUUCUGUUUUGUAGACUGAGAGAUAAUUAAUGCACUACUAUAUAACUUUUGUAUAUUGUUUAUAGUGUUUCAUUGGUGCAGUAUGAUUAUUUAUAUUUGAGAUUUGAUGUAAAUUUCCUUAUAUCGUUGCUGGUAUGAAUGAAUCUGUAUUAAGAAAUGCAAAGUUCAGCUGUUGCAGACUAUAUAAUAGGUAGUUCUCAUUUGUAUUUUAGUUGUUCUUGUGAUGAAAAUAAGGAUUUCUUUUUUUUUUCUGAGAGGAAAGGGAGAGACCAUUGACAUGUGGAGGAAUGUCGUGAUUCAGAUUUCCUGAGAGUUGGCCUGUGGUCACUUUGAACUUGAAGGUGCAAUCAAGCCUUGUGCUACACAAUUCUUCACAUGACUGGUUAUUUCAGUAACCUAAAACAAAAAACAUUUGUGUAUGCAAACACARAACUUAUGUAUUCAGUCACUCAUGUGCACAAAUGUAGCUAUCUUGAUUGGUCAUGUACUUUUGAUCUGAAUGUCAGGUCUUUGUAUUUGGAAUUUUGGCCAAAGGCAUUUUAUAAUACUCAGUGGGGUUUUGGUUGGGCAGCUUUCAUUAUACUCAUUUGAAAACCGUAUGAUUAAACUCCAUGUUUAAUCUUUGAAAUUAUAUUUUUUUCAAAUAACUUGGCUCUACACUGCACUAUGCAGGUAGGAAUCUUAAGUCAUGGAAAACUGGCUACUGUACUUUAAUARUGUACAGAUUUGUAAUAUUUGUAGCUUUAUAUAGGGGAAUGGACCACACUCUGAAGGAGAGUAAAUGGACUGUAUUCCUUGUUUUGGUGUAUAUAUGUUAACAAUAUUGUCUUCACUGAGUAUUUCUUUCUGAAAAUACCAGCAUUUAUUUAUCUAUGCUUAGC